ACGGCAGUCGUGGCUUGUUUUGAAACGUUUGACCUUUAUUGCUAAAUGCUAUUGUCGGUAAUAUAACGUUAAAUAACACUGUUUUUAAACUGUGUUCGUUGUACAUGGUUCGUCACCGAAAUAAUGCAUGGAGACCGUUCGAAAACGGGAAAUCUCUACAGAGUGGCGGAUGGCGGACGUUUACCCCAUCUCGGCCGCCGUAUUGGGCAAGUAGGGGGGGUGGCAAGAGCGGUUCCUUGACGUGGACGAUCAUUUCCGUAAGAGACGAUGGAGCGUUAGCGGCGUGUCAUCCACUCCAAGCUAUCCCGCAUUAACCUUAAAUCGAGACGGGAUUUGGCCGUGAAUCCCCGGUUGGGUUUUGGGUUCACGGUAGUCUCAUACCGGCUGAUCCCUUUCUGCUUCCCCUUCUUCCCGCUCCCCCCUCUACACAGUUCACCAUGAUAAAAGCUAUUUUAAUAUUCAACAACCAUGGCAAGCCGAGGCUGUCUAAAUUCUACGAGCAUUAUAGUGAAGACACAGAGCAACAGAUCAUCAGGGAAACCUUCCACUUGGUGUCCAAAAGAGAUGAGAACGUCUGCAAUUUUCUUGAAGGUGGAAUGUUGAUCGGAGGGUCCGACUACAAGCUAAUCUACAGACACUACGCCACGUUGUACUUUGUGUUUUGCGUCGACUCCUCAGAGAGCGAACUAGGAAUUUUAGACUUAAUCCAGGUAUUUGUGGAAACGCUGGACAAAUGCUUUGAGAAUGUUUGCGAACUUGAUCUCAUUUUCCAUGUAGAUAAGGUUCACAACAUUCUGGCAGAGAUGGUGAUGGGUGGGAUGGUGCUGGAGACCAACAUGAAUGAAAUCAUCACACAGGUGGACGCCCAGAACAAGAUGGAGAAGUCAGAGAUCAACACGCUGCCAUUUAUAUGGAGAAUGUAAUGUUCCAUCUUUCCAGAUGAUCAUUGAUUGUGUAAAUCAUGCUGUUUUAUUUUGAAGGAGCACAAAAAUUAAGUAGGGUGCUGUCACCUCACAGCAAGAGAGUUGUGGAUUUGAUCACACCUGGUAGGUGGGGUCUCUUUUGUGUGGGUUCUGUUCCACAGACAGGACAGGUGAUAUAGCAGCUGGAUGGAUUGACAGUUAAACAUUAAUGCACUGAAAGUAUUUUUCAACCACUUAAAAAACACUCAAAGAUUCUACAGUAGUGUAUUGGAAGUGUGUUGACCAAAAUCUAACAUUGCCGUUUUAGUCAGCCCCAAUUGGGAACAUGCAAUUUUGUGUGUCUGUAGCUUUAAUACUCAUGAGCUGUGUUUGUCCACACUUGUCUCUGAAACUCGCAUCCAUAACAUCACCUCAUUUUGGUGCUAAAUUAAUGCAGACCUGGCCACCUGCGACAAGUGCUCCAUGCUGAUAGUUUGCAAGUCAUGUCUUGUAAGUCCCCAACAGUGGAGCACAGAGUCUAACGCUCUUUUUAAACUUAAUUGAUGACCUUACUACGCCAAAAUCACUGCACACACAUUUUGCCAGAGUGCUCUCCAUAACACCAGACCUUCCUCAUCAUCAACCUGCGAUAGUCACGGCGAGUGGGGUGCAUUCACAAACAGCGCAAUUCUGAACAUUGCAUUCAGCUACACAAGUAGGACUUUUUUUUAAAAAGAUUUUUUUAGAAUUAUAACAAUUUCAUUUCAUAUUGGUGAUUGUAUUACUUAGGUUAUCAUUAUUUACCGUAUUGAAGUAUUUCAAAUACUAUUCUGUUCAACUUGCAUGUCACAAAAUUGUGUAAAAAUAAAUAAGCUUUGUGUUUGGACAAAUAUGUUUUUCUUUUUAAAAGUGCAGUUGUCCCUUGUUUGACUGCGAUAAGUGAAUUCCCGCAAAGUAGGAUUCGAUAUUAAUAAAUAAUUAUUUUCGUAUUCAGAGCACAGAAAACUUAUUUGACUUUCUAAAUGCGUUUUUUUUUAAAACCAUUAUUACAGCUCUGUACACAUGAUAUAACACCCCUAUGGUCACCUAUACACGCCACAAAAGUCUCUGCUGGUAAAAUAAGUACAAAAGGUAAAACAUGGAAUUUAACAAAUUUGAAUAUUGACAAACGGAAUUUGGUGGAAAAAAAAUAUUUAAUAGGGUCCUAUAUAAGCAAUAUGAGAACUACCUCAUGUGCAAGUUUGUAUUGUUUCACAGGUUUUUAAUGUUUUUUUUCAAGAAAAAACAUUAAAGGUGUAUGCUGGCAGUUAUAAUGUCGGCUUUUAAAAUUUGGUGAUAGGCCAGAAAAUUGUUUUCUCAUGUUUGGUGCUCAUAUCACUGUUGUAAUACCAUUAAAAGUCAAUUUUGCAUAAUAGGGAAGCCUUUAAAUGUGUUUUGUAAGUAAAGUAUCUGCUGCUUUGCCUUCCAUGCGAUGUUACAUAAUGGAGAAAUGAGCUCAGACAGACAGCCAGAGGCAAUUUUAUGAACUCAUUUUUUCCCCAAGCCUCUCCAAUGAAGCAGAGCAAUGACAUUGGCAAUAAAUUUAUACUUGUAGGAAACGUUCUUACAAUGAGAAAUGAUGACAGGAAGCAUUAAAGUAGCCCCCCCUCCCCUUCUCUAAUUGGCUGACAUCUGCUGUGUGCUCCAAGGUGUAGCAAUAAUAAUCAAAUUUGUAUUGUUUUUUCAUUUUAAUCCAACAGGUUCUUCUUUUUUCACGGUUGCUGUUCUCUAAGCAGAGUCUCGUCAGAGCUGCUCUCGUCUCUCUCUCUCUCUCUCUCUCUCUCUCUCUCUCUCUUUCUCUCUCUUUCUUCCCCACAUGGACCUACCCUCGACCACACCGUGCCUCUCGCUUGCACGCUAAUUUAAAAUGACACGCUCCAUUUAUAGGCAGGUGUCAGGAGAAUAAGGAAUGAGCUGCUCUCCAUUUAGCCUGACAAAGACUGAUAGCUUCAGUUCUCAAUAAGUAAAUAUGUGUUGGAUGGAUCUCCGCCGUAUCAGACUUGUGGUCUAUGAUAGGUCCUAUCACUUUUUUCCUGUGGAGAUAAACUGUUAAUUACUUUAACCUGCUUUAACAUUCCUCAUUCCUCUUUUUCCCUGACCCUGUCUAGUUCUUUCCAUUCUUCUCUCUCUCU